UUAUUGCAGACGGUAAUGUCUGCACAAUGCCGCUUUUUUUUCCGUGGUUAUAUUUUGGAUUGCACAGUUUGUCACCGAUUGAUCAAUUUUAAAAACGGGGUGAUAAAUGCCACUGUGUGUUCCCCUCUCGCCCGCCUUUCUUUGGAGUAAACCUGCGGGAGCGAACGGGUUAAACCGAAGUUGGAGUUCCGCUGCGCAUCUGUCAGAUUUUUAAGCCAGUGACGCGUUGUAACGAGAGAGCGAGAGAAAGCGGGAGAGAGAGGGAGGAGAGAGAGACGGAAUUGGUGGGGAAAUCGAUGAAGUGGCAGGCGAAGAGAGACGGGGGUUGAAAAUCGAGAAAGGGAGAGACGGGCAGUCAGGCUGCCGGCUGACACACACACACAGCCCGGGAGACGCGGAAGGGGGACGUGCAGCCGCCGGUGUGCCCGACCUCUCGUCCGCGGUCCGGUCUGAUCCAACAGCUGGUGCGCGGCGCUGGGCAAGCGGACAGACAGCCGGGAGCGACGCGCCGAUAGACGGAUAAGGCGACUACAGAGGAGAAAGCGUUUCUCUUUGACCGCUUUUGCACGACUCUUCACGGGAUUAUUACGGACUACAAGAGGACCCUUUGUGUUUCAUUUUCUGUUUGUAUGUAUGAAAUUAUAUCUCUAUGUGGAACCUUCGUCACCAUCUACUCUGAAGUGCUAAGCAAUUAACACCCGGUUUUGAAUAUUAGCCAGACUUCUAACCCCGAGCGACUGGAGGGGAAACUUUGGAUGCUUUCUUUGAUUUUAAAUUUUUUCCCCCAUUUCUUCGACACUGCAGCACAUCGCUGGAGUUCGGUUCACCUUAUCUGAAUGGCAAGCGCGUCACCCAGAGGUGAAAGAUCGGGAUGCGCCGUCUUGUGCGUGUGGAUGCUCAGAUCGCUCGCCGCUUAUAAUUUCGUUUUCUCCUAAAAUGACAUAACUCCCCCCCCAGGACCGAAGAGGAGACUGGGGAGGUGGGAGUGGUGAGCAGGCUGGAGACACGCGAGGACCCGUAGGGCUCACCGCGAAGCGAGGCCGCCGCCGUGCGCAUACAUUAUUCAGAUGCAAACAAGUUAACUUUUGUGCCGCUCGAAAAGACAAAACAUAUCUGUAUCCUGAGAGGAAUACAAAGAGGGAGAAAGCUCGAACGGAGCUCAAAAUCGGAGGGUCCCCGAGUCAGAACCGGAUUAGCCCCGGGUGUCCUCACGAUUUAAGCGAGAAACCGACGGACACGCGAGUGAUUAUAUCCGCCGUCCGACAGCCCACUAAUCCGGUCCACGAGUGUGUCUUCCUUUACGGAAAAGAGGGCAGAAACAACAAACCCGUUAAGGACAGGGGAUUUCACGACACAAAUAAGAAAAAGAAAACCCCAUGGAUGGCAACAUGGGGCAGCUGUCUGGCCACGGGCACCCUGGCCGGGAGCUCUGCGCCGUUUUCCCCCGGGGCCCCCUGGGGCCCCCCAUGGCCCUGGGGGGCCCCGAGCCUCACCCCCCCGGCUUGGAGCACUCCAUGUCGGCGCUGGGCUACGGGGGAGACUCGCCCACCGGCUCCGGCAGCACCUACACCACCCUGACCCCCCUCCAGCCCCUGCAGGACAAGUACCGGCACCCCCACCUCCACUCCCACUCCCACUCCCACUCCCACUCCCCCCCCCCGCCCCCCGCCUGCCUGCCCGCGGGCAACGUGGUGGGCAGCUUCACGCUCAUGCGGGAGGAGAGGGGCCUGGGGGGCAGCUUCUACAGCCCCUACGCCAAGGACCUGCCGCUGACGCCAUGCCUGGGCAGCUCGGGGCACGGGUACGGCGCCGGCGCCGGCGGGCCAGCGUUCUCGGGGGGCUACGAGGUCCAUCUCGGGGGGCCGGGCGCGGGGGGCGCGGGCCUCUUCCCCAGGGAGGUGUCGCCCCCGCCCCUGGGCGGCGGGGGGGCGGCGGGGCAGCCGCUGAGCAAGAUGGGCCCCCCGCCUCCUCACGGGCACCCGGCGUACGGCCACCCCUUCCCGCACCCCCACCCUUACGAGGCCGGCGAGCUGCACCCGGCCCCCCCAAACCGGGGCCUCCCCCCCCCCCCCAGCCAGGCCGGCGAGGCGGGGGAGAUCAACACCAGGGAGGUGGCCCAGCGCAUCAUCGCCGAGCUCAAGAGGUACAGCAUCCCCCAGGCCAUCUUCGCCCAGCGGGUGCUGUGCCGGUCCCAGGGCACCCUCUCCGACCUCCUGCGGAACCCCAAGCCCUGGGGCAAGCUGAAGUCCGGCCGCGAGACCUUCAAGAGGAUGUCCCACUGGCUGCAGGAGCCGGAAUUUCAGAGGAUGGCCUCCCUCCGGCUGGAAGCCUGCAAGAGGAAGGAGCAGGAGCAGAGCAAGACGGAGAGGAACCAGCCCAAGCGGACCCGGCUGGUCUUCACGGACCUGCAGCGCCGCACCCUCCACGCCAUCUUCAGGGAGAACCACCGGCCGGCCAAGGAGCUGCAGGUCACCAUCUCCCACCAGCUGGGCCUGGAGCUGUCCACUGUCAGCAACUUCUUCAUGAACGCCCGUCGGCGCAACCUGGACAAGUGGCUGGACGAGGGGCGGGCGUCCCCCUCUGGCUCCUCCUCCGCCGUGGCCUGUAGCACUGCCUGAAGGGGGCGCCGGUGGGUUGGGGGUUGCCGGGCGCCGGGGAGAGGACGGACAAUCAGGAGGACC